AUGUCGAUCAUCCCCAGCUUCCGACGAGGCAGCAUUUUCGACCCUUUCUCUCUCGAUGUCUGGGAGCCAUUCAAAGAUUUCCCAUUCCCUUCCUCCUCAUCACUCUCCACAUUCCCUGAAUUUUCCAGGGAAAAUUCAGCUUUCCUGAACACGAGGAUCGACUGGAAGGAGACCCCGGAAGCCCACUUGUUCAAGGCAGACCUUCCGGGGCUGAAGAAAGAAGAAGUGAAGGUGGAGGUUGAAGACGACAGGGUGCUUCAGAUCAGCGGAGAGAGGAACGUAGAGAAGGAGGACAAGAACGACAAGUGGCACAGAGUGGAGCGCAGCAGCGGCAAGUUCUUGAGGAGGUUUCAGCUUCCUGAAAAUGCAAAGGUGGAGGAGAUUAAGGCUGCAAUGGAGAAUGGGGUUCUGAGUGUCACUGUUCCAAAGGCAGAGGUGAAGAAGGCUGAUGUCAAAGCCAUUGAAAUCUCAGGUUAA